GCCCACCGUUGCCCUAAUUUAAAUCCCCAAGCUUCUCCUCGCAUCUGAAAAGACGGUCUGGUGACCCACGAAGUCCAUCUUUCAGCUUCCAGUUCCCGCGGUUUCCAAGUACCUUGCCUUGAAACCCUCUCAAAUCCUCGCCGAGCCGCUGGAUAAUCACCAACCUGUGCGGCUCUAGACCUAUCUCCGGAACCUCAACAUAGUCAUCUUUGCGUCUCAACCUAUCUCCGGAUUUUCUCCCAGACCUAUAUACAGAGACCGAAUACCACCCAUGGAUUGUUGGAGCAAGACGCAGAACACAAUUAGAAGCAACACCAUCUUCAAAGAAACGCCACCGCGCUACAAGCACAGAAGGUCCUAGACCCUGAUAAUCACAAAUCAGGCAACCCCUACAUAUACAGGUCUUCUCCCACGAGAAGUUCCGUUCACAGCAACCAAUUCUCUCUCUACUCUACACACCACUCAUGCACACAAAGUCUAUCUUACACCGUCAUUCACCAUGCACGAUCUUAGACUCAAGGUUCUUCGCGAGAGCGGCAAGACCGUCUCCAAGAAGGCCAAAUCACGCCCCGAGUCCGCUCGCGCCUCCAUGAGAAACUCACCCAACGUCUCGCCUGGCCACUCUCAGAUCAACUCCCCGGCACACUCGCGCGCCGGUAGUCGCUAUGCCUCAGAAGACGAAGGCAGCGACUCCGACUACGACGACGGCAUGACCAUGAGCACACUGUCAAAUCACUCAGACACCGCUUUGGAUGAGGCAACGGAACCCAACUGGGCACAACUACUACAGGAUCGCAUCGUCGAACUGCAAGAUCGCAAGCGGACAAACACCCAGAGGCGCGAGGCCACCCUAAUGUCCUACCUGCACCUUGUCAAACACCACUAUGGCGGCCGCCAAGUCAGCAACUCCUUGGACGACAUCGUCACGGCGUUGAUGAAGAACACAAGGUCCGGAGGCAGCUCCCUCGAGCGCCUCAUGUCCUUAAAGUCUCUCUCAGCCACUCUUCUCACAACGCCAUCAGACUCCCUGUUCGACGACAUCUACCCGCAACUCGAGAAGACCCUCGAAGACGACGACGAUAAUGACGUCAAGGCAGCCGCGAUCUGGGCCAUGGCAGUCACAACAAUGUACGGCGGCGGAGGCGAAGAGUCAGCAAGCGAGCUCCUCGAAUACCUAGUCACCAUCGUAGAAAGCGACGGCGAGGCCGUCGGCGCAGCAGACAGCGGCGACGUCGUCACCUCCGCCCUCGAGGCCUGGGCCUUUGUCGCCAGCCAAGUAGACGACAUCACCGAAAACGUCUACUCCGCCAUCGAAGCCUUUGUAGAGCAGCUCGACAGCACCGACGUCGAGGUCCAAGCGAGCGCCGGCUUCAACAUCGCCUUCAUCUUCGAGGCGGCCCGCGAUCACGAGGAAGAGACGGGCGAGCCGAUGAACCUCCAAUACGACCCCAAGAAGCUCAUCGCCCUCAUGGCCGAGGCAUCCAAGCCCUCGGUCAAGCAAACGGCGCGCAGAGACAGAAGACACCUGCGCAAGCAAUUCGCCAGCAUCGUGUCGUCUCUAGAACACGGCAAAGGGCCCGGCUACUCCAGCGCGAGUCGUCCGGCCUUUAACCCGCACACGGGCGGCACCAAAGCCGAUCCCGGCGCGGGCCGCAGGGGCGACGACGAGGAGGAGAACCGCGCGUUCGGGUAUCGUGAGAAGCUCCGCCUCGGGUCUACAGUCGUUCUCAUCGAUUCAUGGUCCCUCAUGGCGCGCGUUGAGGCGACGAAGACGAUUCUCGGAGGCGGGUUGCCCACGCACUCCAACGACAACCCUACUGUUGCGGAGCUGUUGGAUAACGCUGAGACGGAGGAGGCGGCGGCACAGCUGUACGCGGUGCGUCCCAACAAGAGCGCGAAGCACAUGAGGAGGUAGCAAGGCAUCGUUUGCGUAUAAGCAACGAUGGAGAUAAGAGGAGGAAUGGGACGGGAUGGGAGCUGCUUCCAGAGCAGAAUUGAUGGAAAGAGAAUUGCAUUGCAUGCUUCUUUUCCUAUGUACAGGUUCACGAUAGAGCAUCACGGUCCAAACAAAAAGGAUACGACACGCAUGAUUUUCGAGGCAUUGCCCUACUUGAUUGCGAACGAGGCAGAAGAUACCACAGAGCGGAGGAUCCUCGUCGCAAAAUUACACUUAGCCUACAUUAUUGGGAGUUCACAUGAUUGAUACCUGAAGCUGCAU